CGAGAGGCCCGACCUCAAGAGAUCCAGAAUACCCUUGGCUCUCAAAAGUCCCGUGCCCAUAAAAAAAGAGGUUAAAGAAGGUGGUAUCAGGAGUAGAGGUUCCUCCCUUGAAAGACGAAAGCAAAAAGAGGAUAGUCCCAUGUCGGACGCCAGCUCGAUGUCGGCCGACUCCGUGGAGGCUGGCCCUCGCGCCCUCCGCGCCGAACCCGCCGAGCCCUUCACGCCGGAGACUACUAAAAAGAACAGUAGCACAUUCAAUCUUCUGAAAGACAGCGAUCUCUUUACGCAAAUAUGCAACGAGGAAGCGGUGGUCCAAGUGGAACCGAGGGCACGGAACGAGCGCUCCCCGGACCCCUACUGCGUGGUCGAAGUCAGGGAGAGCGAGAUCGUGAAGUCGACGGUGAGCCCGGUCGAACUUAAAGAAAUCUAUCCUUCCGAGGCCAUCGAAACUGUCGUGGAAUUCAUUCCGCAAACCGUCGAAAGGGUCGAAAUCAUCGACGACACCGAGGGCGAGUCGAUUUGCGAUUCGGACGGCGAGGACAAGAGAGUGGAGAGUCCGCCGCCCUCUCCGCCACCCUCUCCGUCACAGUCGGAGACUUUCGUCGUCGAAGUGAAGAAAUUCGAAGAACGAAUGAAACCGACCUUCGGUAUUUUAAAACGUCGAACCGGCGAAGAAGAAAAUCCCAGGCCGAAAGUCACCAUGAAUGUACCGGAUUUAAUAUCGACCAUUGAAACUAAAAGCGAGGCGGAUGCGUCGGUGAAAACUCUGCCACCUCCGCCUUCGUGCGAUGCGGACCCUCCCGGAGCCGCCCUCCCCGCGACCCAUCCGGUAGCACGCAUAACCUUGAGGCGGGACGAAGUCAACGAGUAUCUGAUUCUGGCCGCCUUGCCCGAGCCCUCCGCUACAGAGGAAACGUUCGCUAAUGAUAAAUGUGAGGUUGUUGUGUCGAGCGGGGCGGCGGGCGGGGCGGCAGGCGGGGCGGGCGAGGCCAUCUACUCGGAGGUGCAGGUCGCGCCGCAGGCGCGGGUCGCGUCAUCGUCGGAGUUCGAAGAUAAGGAGCCGCUUUCGACGUCGACCCCGAUCAAAAGCGAGGAGUCGCGACAGGCGCAGGCGCAGGUAGUGGGCGUGGCGCGCAAGCCCGCCCCCCGCGCCGUUCGCCCCGCCCCUCUAUCCUCCAGCAUCUCGCCACCGGCCAGCCCCAUUUCUUUCAAUAAUUCUUACUCUCCGAACUGGAAAGACAAGCCUAAGGUCGUGACCAAUGAGAAGUAUCAGAAGACUGAUGAAUUUGAACAAGAUCAGGAGAUGGGGGUGGGGGUGGGGGUGGAUGCGGGGGAGGAGUCGCCGGCGGGCGAGGCGGAGCUGCGCGCGCGGUUCCCGGCGGCGUGCGACGAGGACCCCGCGCUGGUGCAGUUCGCGAGUGCGGCGGCCGGCAUGGCGCGCCGGCUGCACGUGGUGCUGGUCACAGUGCGCGCCGUGCCCAGCGAGCGCGACCCCGCCAAGCGCCGAGAGAUGCUGAAGAACCAGCUGGCGGGCGUGGCGCCGGACGCGGCGGAGCUCAUCUCGCGCGGGGACAGCCUGGUGUACGCCAAGCACCGGGAGGACCCCGCGCUGGCCGAGUUCCUGCGCGCGCGCUACCAGGACGAGCUGCGCGGCAAGUGGUCCACCGUGAUGACGGAGAUCGAGGCGGAGCGCGGCGCCGCGCUGCGGGCCGAGGAGGGCGUGCGGCGGCUGGCCUCGCUGGUGGACCGGCUGCGGCGGGGCCUGCGCGACCUCGAGGCGCGCCCGCCCCCCGAGGAUGCGGAGGGCUCGGCGUGGCGGGUGCGGUGGGCGCGGCAGACGAGCGCGGAGGCGGCGCGCGUGCGGGUGCUGUGCGGGGAGCUGCGGGUGCAGCGCGUGACGUUCCCGGAGCGCGCGGCGCUGGAGACGGCGGCGGCGGCGGAGCGCGCGGCGGGGCGCCACGAUCACGCCGAUGUUCAGGCGGAGGUGGAUGCGUUGGCGGAAGAUGGAGCGGAGGUGGAGGUGGAGGUGGAGGCGGAGGAUGAGGUAGCGGGCGAGCUGGCGCGGCGGGCGGAGAGCGCGCUGGAGGCGGUGGCGGCGCUGGCGGGGACGGCGCCGGGCGGGCUGCGGGCGCCCCCGCUCGCCUCGCUCGACUACGACUACUUUCCGAUGCAAGAAGACGCCUUGAUCAAAAUAAAGUCAUCGAUGGCGGAGCUGCAGGGCAGGGUGGAGGACAUAGAGCAGGAGGACCGGCGGUUGGGGUGCGCGGCGGAGGCGUGCGCGCGGCUGCGGGACCAGUGGGCGGCGCUGCAGCACGCCUACGAGGAGCGCUACCAGCGGUUAUAA